AUGUCGGAGGAUAUCUUUGGGCCUCCGGUCUGGGAUCUUGAUCCUGUUCUCAAAACAUCUACAAAGAAGUUUAGAAUGUCUCCUGCCGUUGAAUUAGCCCAUCAAAAGCAGGAAAUUGAAAUUAUGAAAAAAGAUAUUGCAGAUAAAGAUGCCCAAAUUCGAAAUCUCUCAGAAAAAUGUGCAGAGUUUUCACAAGCAUGCUCGGAUAUCCAUGCUUUAAUACGAGAUUUCGAAGCUGUCGCUGAUCAAAAGUUUUUUUCUCCGGAACAAGCAUCGAAAAACAUAUUUAUAACACAUAUGGAAUACACAAAAAUCUUAUCUAACAGUAUUAAUUCUAUUAUUAAUCAACAUAAUUCACUUCAAGACCAAUUUACAAAAGAUUUUUCAGAUUACGCGGAAGAUGUUUCAAAAAGACUUAUAGAAAUUAGAGAUGAGUUUCUUGCCGUCAGAAAACGCAAGGAAGAAGUCAUAGAAAACACUCAAUACUUAAAAAGACUAUGCCAAGUUAAUGAACGCGAAAGACAGUCACUCCAAACAAUUGUAGAACAGUUAAAUGACCAAAAGGCUCAAAUAGACGCUUCCGCCCAAAUUGAUGUUGAUAAUUUCAAGCAACAAUACGAUAAAAUGCAUCAAGAAACAAGAGAAUUUAAGCAGGAAGCAUUACAGACAACAAUGAAGUUCGAAAAACAGCUAAAUAAACCACAACCAAGACAGAUAUCCGAUACUCGCCUUGAAGACUCGAUUUUACAAAGAGAAGUCACUACUCUUGCAAGGCAUUACGAUAUGGAGUCCCAAAACUACGAGAAUACCUAUAAAGAAUAUCAACAUGUGAUGGAAGAAAUAAAUCGUGGAAAAGAACACAUUAAAAAGCACAUGAAAGCAUUGGAUAGACAAGAACUUGAGAAUGCGCAAAAGGUUAAUAAGGAAUUACGUGCUUAUAUCGAAAGUGAAAGAAAUAAUGAUAAAAUGAGAUACGAAAGUCAAGUAAAACGCAACAAAGAGCUUGAAAGAACAAUACAAGAACAUCUAGAUGAACAGAACAUGCUUAAACAGUAUCUCCAACAAAUAGAUAAAAAGAUGUCAACGCAAUCCACAAAACUUCCUAUUCUGACUGGAGGACAAAAAGAAAACAACGUUGAAUCAAAGAAUACAACAUUAAUUUUGUCUAGACACAAAGCCGAUGACGCGGAAAUGAAAAUGAUCAAAAAGGCAAUGUCUUCUAUCGCUAGAAAGAAAACACUUAAUACAUCAGGAGAUGUUGCAUCGAAAUUAUAA